UAUAUUUUCCGGUAAGAAAUAGAAAGUCUCGGAGAGCGUGCAGGUGGGCUGGUGGUGUUUUAGUGGGGUCUUCAGAAAAGGGGACUCAGUUUUGCGAAAGGAUGUUAUGAGCGUGAGACAGACAAUGAGGCUCAGGCACGUGGGUGGGGCUCUGGGGGAGCAGGAGUUUACUGUGGAGCGUGUUAUGUGGAGAGAGAGAUCUAUGGCUCCCUAUUUUACUAGUUUUGCGAGGUUUUUAGGGGUUCGAGAGAACUUGCUUGAUUGGUAAGCGAGUUGUGGAGUUAGUCGGGGUUUGGUCAGGGCUUGAUAUGCAUCGCCAUAGCCAUCACCAUCGCAGUUUUUGUGCUGUUGGUGGUGUGGCUGCUGCUUGUGGAGUGUGGAUCUUGUGUCUGUCUGUCUGUUUGUUUGUUUGUUAGUUUGAUCGUUCUUUGUUUGUUUGUUUUUUAUUUUCUAUUUUUUAUUUUUAUUUUUUCUGUUGUCGUUCGGGUGUGGAGUAUGUAACUGCCUCUUCUGUGAGCAUCGCAUUUACAUUUGCAAAAAUGGAGGCUUCGGCGCCGUUCCCUUACCUGGAAGCUGUGGUAGGGUUUAUGCUGUUUAUGUACAUGUUGGAGACGUAUUUGGACAUUCGGCAACAUGGGGCGCUCAAGCUGUCCAAUCUGCCAGCGCCUCUCAAGGGAAUAGUUAGUCAAGAGAAAUUUGAGAAAGCGCAGGCGUACAGCUUAGACAAGAGCCGAUUCCAUUUUGUGCACGCGGCUGUGAAUAUCGUGGAGGAAUCGGCAAUUCUUCUGCUGGGGUUGUUGCCGUGGGCGUGGGAUAAGAGUGGAUCGUUAGUAGGGAAGCUAGGGUUUGAUGAGAAGAGCGAAAUUUUGCAGACGCUUUCUUUUCUUGCGGUGACCACGUUGUGGUCGCAGAUACUUGAGCUUCCAUUCUCGCUCUACUCCACGUUUGUCAUCGAGGCCCGCCAUGGCUUCAACAAGCAAACCAUAUGGUUGUUUUUACGGGAUAUGAUCAUGGGGCUGGCUCUCAUGAUGGUGGUUGGCCCACCCAUAGUGUCGGCAAUUAUCUAUAUUGUGCAGAACGGUGGGCCAUAUCUUGCCCUCUAUCUGUGGGCCUUUAUGUUGCUGUUAUCCCUCGUGUUGAUGGCCCUAUAUCCCGUUCUCAUCGCGCCUCUUUUCAACACAUUCACACCCUUGCCAGAAGGGCAGCUUCGUGCCAAGAUCGAGAAGCUGGCAUCCUCCUUGGACUUCCCAUUGAAGAAAUUGUUUGUAAUUGACGGUUCUACUCGGUCAAGCCAUAGCAACGCCUACAUGUAUGGAUUUUACAACAGCAAGCGCAUCGUUCUGUACGACACUCUAAUAUCGCAAUGUAAGAAUGAGGAAGAAGUAGUGGCAGUUAUAGCUCAUGAGCUUGGCCAUUGGAAGCUGAGCCACACUAUGUACUCGUUCCUGGCCAUGCAGGUGCUUACACUGUUGCAAUUCGGAGGCUAUACGCUUGUUCGGAACUCUAGUGGCCUGUUUUUGAGCUUCGGUUUCUCCACACAGCCAGUGCUUAUCGGGCUGAUCCUAUUCCAGCACACUAUUAUGCCCUUCCAUCAUCUUGUAAGCUUUGCUCUCAACCUGUUGAGCCGAGCCUUCGAAUUUCAGGCGGAUGCGUUCGCCCGCUCAUUAGGGUACAGAGAGCCAUUGAGAGCUGGCCUGAUCAAGCUGCAGGAGGAGAAUCUGUCUGCCAUGAACACGGAUCCGUGGUAUUCAGCGUAUCAUCAUUCACACCCCCCGCUUGUUGAGCGAUUGCAAGCUCUUGAUGAAACGUCCAAGAAAACGGAUUAGAACUUACCCCCUUCGGACCGUAGUUGAGAUUUGUAGGAAUAUAGCUUCUUCAGGAGAAAGAAACAAAAUGAGCUAUGUCCUAGCACAUCCACUGUAGAAUUCACUGAUGAAUGACGAAUAGUACAUGAACACUCAUUCUUUAAACAGUAAGAAGCAUGGACCUUUCUUUUUCACUUGGAUGACAAAAUGACGAUUAACAGUCUGAUAGUGCAA